UGUCUACCACCUAUUUACACAGUUGUAUUGAUUUCCUGCCCACCCCAGCUGGGAAAACCAAGGAAAUGAACAUAAAAUUCUACAAGAUUUCACUUUUUUUAACAGUUGGGAAUGAUUCCAUGUGUGUGGCUUUGUCGUUUAGCACUGUGUUGUUGUUUUUUUAAGCAGAGAUUGAAGAAUUAUGUGCACAUAGCAGUCUAAGCCUACAUUUGUCUAUCUGGCAGUCGUCCCCCCCCCCCAAGUUCAAGGGUGGGCGUAUUCCUCAGCAGCCAGCCAAACACAGUUCUUCAGCCUUAAAAUACAACAUUCCAGGAUGCUUCGUUUCUUAGUUCUCCCUACAAAGCACAGGGAGGGACCACCCUCUAGUGGUCUAACCAGGUAUUUUACUCUUGGAGUAAAGCUGCUCUCCUCCCUCCCCCUUCCCCCCCCUUUCACCAGAAAACUUAAUUGUAUUCGGGCUGCAGUUCACUCUGGGUUUCUUUGUGAGGGGGGGGGGCUAACAGACGGGGAAGGUGAGAAUUCCUCAGUCCAUUUCCGGCCAGGAGCAGCUUCUUCGUUCUUCGGUCGGGAAUUCCUCUUAGGUGACGUCCACAUGCAAGAACAGACGCCCGAAGCAGAAGCACCAUCAUUUUAAGUACUGUACAAUUAAUUUUUUUAAAAAAUCCCAAACAGAGCGAGACAGCACCAAUUAAGAGUAGUGAUGCAAUCCUGAGAGCGCCCUUUCCAAUAGCACAAGGGUACACAUUCACUACCAGGUAGACGCCAUGAGGUUUCUUUUCAGUUGUUGGCAUCCGUUUACAUCCAGCACGUUGCACAAGGGCGGUCUGUCGCUCCGACCUGAGGAUCCCCGCCGGUCUCGAAACGCCGCCGGUGAAUCCAGAAUCGCAUGGCAACGCUGCCCCUGGAAUGGGUUUCUAAUCCUCCCUCGUUGUCGACGCACUUUCUGUCUGGAGACUUCUUCGCAUUUUGGUCUGUUAUCUCUCCAGGGCGCAUCCUUUUGUUUCCAUCCCAGACCGAGGCUGAUGGGGAGACCGAGUCCCCGUCGCUGACCGGCUCCUCACGUAUGCUAUCAACUAGUGUCUGCUGCGCGCGGAGCGGUCAGCGUAGCCCUCCAGCGUUAGCACAGCCGUGGAAACCCACAGCACUCCCAGCGGAAACGUUUGGGUGGCUAGAAUGGGGUUAAAAAGAGCGAGCGAACGUGCGGCAAAUAAAUACGCACGCCAGCAAUGUAAUCCAGAGCCUCGGAUGGCGAGAAGGAGCGAACGAGCCGCGAGGGAAAGGAGGGAGGAUCGAUCCUGCGACCAAGACCUAUUUCUCCACCCCCUUUACUCCCGAUCGAGGUUCUUGCGAGGAUCCAGUUGGCUCCCGGCUAAACCGGCGUCCCUCUUUCGCCUCCUGUCGCCUUAAAGCGGCGUGAAACUCGCCCGCUUUUAUUACUCUUCUCUGAUUGCACAGGCGCGUGGUCAUGAGGUUCUUGGUGUUGCACAAUCCUUCUCCUUUCUUUCCACAUCUCUGGUCUUUUUUUAAAUAAUAAUAAUAAUAAUAAAACAGGAAACAGAAAAAAAAUUAAUUGGGUUCUCCGGCGUCUUCAUUUACUCCGCUUGGCCCCGUCUCUCCGCGGCGCCCCCCCCGCGCCGCCCCUUUGCCGCCAUCCCUUCCAGACGGUGUGGGUACGCACUCGGGCCGCGCUUCCGUCCUACAUGGAGGGUGGGGGCGAGCGGAGGAGGAGGAGGAGGAGGGGGGAGCGAGAAGCGGCGGAGGCCAUGGCUGCAGGAUCCGGGCAGAAUGCAGCGCGGGCAGAAUGGAAACCUCAAGAAAAAGGCAGCUUUGUUUGAACAUUCUGGAAGUCUAUAGAAACAAAGAUAGUAGAGAGCAGAUGAAUUCAAGGCAAGUGAUUUAGUUGGCUUCCCCGUCUCAUUGCUCUUCAGGAUUACUGCCAGAUUGCUGUGGAGAUGAAUGGAGAACAGCAGCAUGAGACAGAUGCAGGUUCCAGUGUGGAAGAAGCAGAAUUUAAUUGGGAUGAAUAUUUGGAAGACACAGGAGCAAUAGCUGCACCACAUGGCUCUUUUAAACAUGUGGACACUAGCCUACAAAAUGGCUUUAUGCCAGGCAUGAAACUGGAAGUUGCAGUCAAACCUGGUCCUGAUACAUACUGGAUUGCCACAAUCAUUACAACCUGUGGGCAGUUACUCCUAUUGCGAUAUGAUGGUUAUGGGGAAGACCGCAAGGCUGACUUCUGGUGUGAUAUUAUGACUGCUGACUUGCACCCAGUUGGCUGGUGUGAACAGAAUAAAAGGACUCUUAAAGUCCCUGAAGGUAUCAAGGAUAAAAUUUCUAACCCUGUGGAAUUUCUUCAUCAGAUUCUGAAAGGAGCAUGCAGUGUCCCUGCCAGCCUUCUAGAAGGGCUCCAUCGAGGGAAGAAUCCUUUGGAUCUUGUUGCACCUGGUUCAAGAUUGGAAUGUCAGCACUUUAAAGAUUCCCUUGGAGCAUGGAUAGUUAAUGUUCUGGAAAAUAUUGGCGGAAGGCUUAAACUCCGCUAUGAAGGGCUUGGAGAUAACGAUCAGUAUGAUUUAUGGAUGUUCUACUUAGAUCCCUUUCUCCAUCCAGUGGGAUGGGCAAAUCAACAAGGAUAUAUCCUUGAACCUCCUUUAGCUGUUAGGCCCUUGAAGAUGGAGACAGAAUGGCAGGAGAUUUUAGCAAAAAUCAAAGAAGAGGAGGAAGAAUCAUUGGUGCCCACUGAUCUAUUUAAGGACAAGCCUGUUGUUGGGAUCCACUCAUUCUGUACAAACAUGAAGUUAGAAGCUAUUAAUCCAAAGGCUCCUUUCAUCAUCUCGCCUGCAACAGUUACAAAGGUGUUCAAUGAUAAAUAUUUCAUGAUAGAAAUAGAUGAUUUGCGACCAGAAUGUUCCACAAGCAGGUCUUACGUCUGUCACAUCAACAGUGCUGGUAUUUUCCCAGUUCAAUGGAGUCUAAAGAAUGGCUUGCAUCUCAGUCCACCACCUGGUCAUCCCGGCCAAGACUUUGACUGGGCAGACUAUCUUAAGCAGUGUGGAGCUGAGGCUGCUCCUGAAAACUGUUUUCCCUCACUGAAUUCUGACCAUGGUUUCAAAGAAAACAUGAAACUUGAAGCUGUGAAUCCACAAGACCCAGAAGAAAUUUGUGUUGCUACCAUUACAAAGGUGAAGGAUUCCUAUCUCUGGCUACAGCUGGAAAGUUCUAAAAUAGCAGUCCCUGAAUGCAUAGUGAGUGUGGAAUCCAUGAAUAUAUUUCCAGUUGGUUGGUGUGAAACGAAUGGAUACCAGCUACGACCUCCUCGCAGAGCAGUAGUCAACAAGGAAAAGAAAAUUGCAGUAGUCCAACCAGAGAAACAGAUAUUGUCUUCAAGGGCUGUUCAUGAAGGACUAAAGAGCCAGGAACUGAACUCUGCUGACACCAUUGUAACAAAUGGUAAAUACUACUGUCCAAAGAUCUACUUCAACCACCGCUGCUUCUCAGGCCCAUACCUUAACAAAGGUCGAAUUGCAGAAUUGCCCCAGUCUGUAGGACCUGGGAAUUGUGUCCUUGUUCUUAAAGAGGUUCUGUCACUGCUGAUCAAUGCAGCCUAUAAACCCAGCCGUGUUCUUAGAGAAAUUCAGUUGGAUGAGGAGGCUGCAUGGCAUGGAAAUGGAGAGACACUGAAAGCAAAGUAUAAAGGAAAGAGUUACCGGGCCACAGUAGAAGUUGUAAGAACAGCAGAUCGGGUGGCAGAUUUCUGCAGGCAGACAUGUAUCAAGCUAGAAUGUUGUCCAAAUCUGUUUGGUCCCAAAAUGGUGCUAGACAAGUGUUCAGAGAACUGUUCCAUUCUGACAAAAACCAAAUACACACACUAUUAUGGGAAGCGUAGAAAUAAAAGGAUUGGCCGACCCCCAGGUAUCCACAGCAACCCAGAGGCAAGCAUGAAGAAGGCAAGCAGGAAGAGAAAGAAACGAAAAAACUUCUUUGUUCACAAGAAGAAACGAUCUUCUACCUCAGUGGAUAACACACCAGCUGGCUCACCCCAAGGGAGUGGGGGUGAAGAGGAGGAUGACCAAGAUGACGGGGAUGAAGAAUCUCUUACAGAAGAUAGUACUUCUGAGCACCAGGAAGAACUGCUUGAGGAGUCAGAAUUGUCAGAGAAGAAAUCUCGGUCAUCCUCCCCUACACAGAGUGAGCAGUCUCAUACUGGCACGCAGGAUAGGGACAAACGGAAAAGAAGACUACGUACCUUUUCCUUCUCGGAUGAUGAAAAUAAACCUCCUUCACCAAAGGAAAUAAAAAUAGAAGUUGGCGAAAAGCUGCAGCUGGACAGCAACCCUCUGGAAUGGAGUGUAGCUGAUGUUGUGCGGUUCCUCAAAUCUACAGACUGUGCACCAUUAGCUAGGAUAUUUUUGGAUCAGGAAAUAGAUGGACAGGCACUUCUCCUGCUCACUCUUCCUACUGUUCAGGAGUGUAUGGACUUGAAACUUGGCCCAGCCAUAAAACUUUGCCAUCACAUUGAAAGAGUGAAAUUUGCCUUCUACCAGCAGUUUGCUAACUAAAGUGGAGGAAGCAAUCAAAUGAGAUCAAAUUGUUGAAGCACAACUGCAGCAUCCUGCUCUUCCUUCAUUUGGGAGAGUCAAGGAGAAUUGGACGAAAACUGCAUUUGCAGUCUUGCACUUUUGAAGAAAGGAAAAAAAAAGAAGUACUUGGAGCAAAACAACAAUGCAGUCUGAGCUAUUUUCACAAUUGUUUAUUGGUUUAGGACUGUAAUACAAACUCAUUCAGUACGCCAAGAUUUUUUAGUGAAUAAAGUUGGUUGAAAUCUGACCUUUGAGGGGAGAAGACUUUCCUAUAGUUUUAGUCAAGAAGAACAAACUGACAACAUGUGGAUGGGAGCUCUCCUGACCAUUUGCAGACCUAUCCCACUGUUUUUGUCGUAAAGAUCUUUUGGAAAAAUAAAACUAGCUGAUUGCCAAGAUAUGUGAUGUGGCCAAGAGCUUGAAAGUGCAGCCAGAUUUUGUUUGUGAUCUUUAUUUUGGAGCUUGCUCUCUACCUCUACAAUCUGGAAAAGCUACAAGGGAAGUAGAAUUUGUCACAGAUGGUCAUAUAUGUGGUUAUGCAACUGUUUUGCUGCAGUCAUAAUAAGGAUGGCAACUUUUUCUUCUUCAGAUAGAGGCUCUGAGCCAUUGGUGGCUACCCAACCGUCACAAAUUCAACUGGUAGAGCCUCAUAGUCAUGGAGAGGUAGUGACAGUGAAUGUUGUGCCUGCUGGAAUUCCUGCUGUCAUGUCCGUGGUAAAAGCACAGAGGGGAAAAUAGGAGAAUUGUGGAGCAGAAGUGUGAAUAUUAGCCUAUGUUUUACAGAUAAGCUGCAAUUUAAUUUAUUAUUAUUUUUUACAGCAAGAUGCACAGAAAUAUUGACACUUUAAUAUAAUUUUUUCAGUUUGAAAAGAUGUUAGUGAAAUUGCAUGUUACAUUUGGAGUAGAAAUGACAUGUUAGGUCAUUUCUCUUGUUCAUGUUUCUUGGAAAGUUGACUUCGGAACUAUAGAGGAAAAAAUAUUAAUAACUUAGCACUCCUACCAAUUCUCAGAUAUUAAGAACGUUCCCAGCUAAUUGUAGUUGUUUGUAAAUGCAUGGAUGAAAUGUCCUCUUCCCUUUUCUGGCUAAAAAAUAUAAUAGUACAUGAAUUGUAAAGUCCCUUUGUGGCAUAGUUCAUGUGGCAUAUAUCGCCUGUUUGUAUACAUUAGGAGAUGGAGGUCUGUGCUUCUCCACAUGGCCUUGUGACUUCAUGCAGAAGACUCUCCUGUGUUGAAGUUAAGGCUGGCAAAUGCUCACAUGCCCUCUAGUGCUUAUCUAUGGAGCAGCUUCCCACAACCACAACAAGUAACUGUUGGUGCAUAAUGCUGAAGAAUGACUAAGUUUUGGUUUCUGCAGAGUAAGUCCAGACUCAUUUGGAAUUAAUCAUGCACCCAGGAACCACUUGUAUCUCUGUCCAUGAUAUAUGUGCAUUUAAUUUGAAAUGUACCUGGUCACGUCAGGCUGUGAAUGUUUGGUAUUCACAGGUUGAAACACUAUUUUCUUUCUGGGAAAUCAUGUCCCAGAUUAUAUAAAAAAGUUGUUUAAGAGAGUGUAUAGUACAAUAUCUUGAAAAAAAUUCAUAACCUUCCUAGGUACUAUAUGUGACCUUGGGAUAUGGAUGCAGGGAAUAAGUGUCCAGACCUUUCAUCCUUCAGAUUUCAACCAAGACAAGAUUUGUACAUAAAAUGUUCAGAGAACAUUUCUGAAUGUUCUUUUCAACAUUUCAGUGAAGAUUUCUGAAUAUCAGUGAACAAGUUUGCAAGUAUCUUAUAUCUUGAAACUAGUACAAUCCUGCCAUUUUUAUUUAUGAAAAAUAUGUACCUGCCUGGAGAAGUGUAAAUGCAUCUCUGGCAUCAGAAUGUUAAUUAGUUUUCUUUCAGCAUCCAUCCUCAGUGUUAUCUUUUUAAGCACACACGUGUUGGAUGCAUUCUGGGGGGAAAAACUGAAAUAGAAUUUUAAGGACAUUGUACAUCAUUGUACAUACAAACGUAUCUACGAUUUUCAGGAUUUUUAAAGCAGAACUUUCAUACUUCAUAUAUUGCUAUAAAUAAGCUAUGUUUUGAUGCCAGUGGUUAGCUGCAGGUUAUCGGGGAUACAUUCAUAGACUGAUAUUCCUAUUCCACUUAAGGAUUCUGUUCUCCAUGUGAUCCAUUUAUGGGCUUUUAAAAAGAAAUAUGCUUUCCACUGUUUGUUAUUUUUAGUGAGUCAUUUCUAUGCAACACACGGGUACUUGCAUAUACAUUUCUUGAAGCAAUUUAAGCAUGUCUUUUGGGCUGGACUUUAAAGGAUUUGCCUUGUUCUACAAAGCAUUCAUUCCCUAAGUGGUUCUGGAACAUUCUUUGGCUUCAGUAAAAUAUAACUUCAUCUACAAACCCUUCAUCAACUUCCAUUUAUUCCUUAAAUGGGUCAGUUGGAGUCUUCUCUGACUUAAUACUGAUACGACAUUCAAAGACUAUUGUAGUGCAGUGGAGGAGAGUCUGCAGAGUAAGAUAAGAUUGUAUGUCUCUACUGUGCCAAUGAUACACUAGUUAGGAGAAAUUGUGUGCACCCCACAGGCCUUAAGGUCUGUUUUAUAGCUUCCCCAGAGGAGAGAGUAUAAAAAAAUAAACAUAAUUUCUCAAAUCUCUGGGAGUUGUUAUACAAAAACUACAUGAAAAAAUAAAUGGUAGGACCAUAAAGGACAGUUUUCCCGUAAUUUGCUUUUGGGAACAUUUCACAAAGCUAUAGGGAUAGGAAGAGGUUAAACACUUUAUUUUUCCUACAUGAAAAAAGAGUAACCCUCUGUUGAAGUGGCACAGAUGGCAAAUGAAUUGGGAAAUAGCCCUUGUCUAAUUUUUCUGAGUACCCCUACCAUUUUCAUAAUGCUAGAAAUUUGCAGGAACGUUGUGGGAAUCCGGUGAUGUGUAAGGCUUGUGCCAGACUCUGACUUUGAAGGAGACAAGCUAUAGGGAAAGCAGUUAACUUUCUUCAUCAUCCCUGUGCCUGACAUGCACAAGAAUGAUGAACCUUGUUAGGACAGUGGAAGCCUUAUCCUUCCUGUUCUCUCUCUCUCUCUUUUUUUCCAAAGAAGGUUGAGUUAGUCCAAUACUAAUCUGAUGACAGUGUAGUAA